AUGGUCCACCCCAAUAAUGAGGAGUCGUACGUCACACGACCUAUAUACAAGGUCUACAAGCGACGCUUCUGGGGUCUUGCGCAGCUGGUUCUGCUCAACAUUGUCGUCAGUUGGGAUUGGUUGACUUUCUCUUCCAUCUCGAGCACAGCUGCGGAAUACUUUCAAGUAUCGGAAAGCGCGAUCAACUGGAUGAGCACUGGUUACCUCUUCGCAUUCUGUAUCGCCAGCCCAUUCGUCAUCUGGGUUCUAAAUAAAGGCGGCCCUAAGCCCGCCAUUGUAAUCACAGCAACCCUUUUACUCAUCGGGAACUGGCUGCGCUAUGCAGGUACCAGGGCGAAUGGUGGUAUCUUUGGGCUCGCCAUGUUCGGUCAGAUCUUGAUCGGUCUGGCGCAGCCCUUCUGUUUGUGCGCGCCCACGCGAUAUAGCGACCUCUGGUUCUCUGACAAAGGGAGAACCAGUGCCACGGCUGUUGCCAGCUUGGCGAACCCGUUAGGUGCGGCAUUGGGGCAGUUGAUAGAUUCAGAGUGGGCAUCAAAGCCCUCGGACAUUCCGAAUAUGGUCCUAUACAUCUCUGUCAUUUCCUCCGUUGCAGCUAUCCCAUCAUUCUUUCUCCCCGCUGCACCCCCGACCCCGCCCAGCGCAUCAUCGGCCAUUCCUCGUACACCACUGAUCCCAGCGACGCGACAACUACUCGGCACCUUAGAGUUCUGGCUAAUUCUCAUCCCCUUUUCCGUAUAUGUGGGCUUCUUCAACAGCGUCUCCUCGCUGCUGAACCAGAUACUCGAACCAUAUGGCUUUUCCGAAACCGAUGCCGGCAUCGCAGGCGCCAUCCUGAUCGUUGUGGGUCUGGUGGUAGCAGCCGUGGUAUCACCACUCACAGACCGAUUCAAGCAUUACCUCGGUUCAAUCCGUAUCUUGGUUCCCAUCGUGGUAGCGUCCUAUAUCGGAUUGAUCUUCGCCCCAUCCAGCUCUGCAGGAAUUGCGCCUUCAUACGUCGUCAUGGCGCUCAUGGGCGCAUCUUCGUUCUCGCUGCUUCCCGUCGUACUGGAGUAUCUGGUUGAGAUCACGUAUCCGUUUUCUCCAGAGAUCGGUAGUACCAUCUGCUGGACGGGUGGACAGUUGCUUGGAGCGUGCUUCAUUCUCAUCCAGGAUGCGCUCAAGGCUAGCGAGAAUGCUACCCCGGCAUAUAACAUGCGGAAUGCAUUGAUCUUUGCAUGUGUUAUAUGUGCUGCCGCGGCGCCGUUCCCGUUGUCGCUUGGCCUCUUCGGUAGAACUGUGACGCGGCGGAGGCUGGAAAUUGAUCGUGGGAUUGAGUUGCAGGGGUCAGUAUCCCCACCUGAGGAGAAGAAAGAUGGACUGAGUGAAGAUACCACCCAGCAGAUAUCAGCUUCUACAUUAGAUGACAUUGUUAAGCUGGCUUGA